GCCAAUCACAGUUGAGAAUGUUCAGGCAAUUAUCGCACAGGUGAGGUUGUGAAUGCUCGGGUCACAUUUUCUGGUCCUCAUGGUUUUCACACUCCAAUCUAUGAAACAUCUGACUAAGAACAGCUACUCGAGUCAGCCUGGAGCCAGCAGUCUGCCAGAAGUUAAGGACCGGCUGCUUCCCUCCCCCUCACCGUCCUCCUGUCCAACCGUGCUUCGCGAUCUUCCCCCUGGCUGAUCAACAUGACAAAGCACUGGGGGGGACAGAGGCUGUUGGCACUAAACGCCCUCUCCUACCUGCGCUUUCCAAGCCUGGCUAAUCACCACGACCAUCAACUUGACUCGACCGACAAUGUGUACCAGUGGUCUUCUCAAAGCAACAUAGCGAGGAGAUCUCUAACCCAGCACUGGGAAUACAGUCAAGGCCAGGAGCCAGUCCAACAGUCUCUCCGGCACGAGAAGCCUCUCCAACAGGAGAAGCCUGUCAAAGUCCGCUUCACAAAGGUCAGGGCGCCUAUGGAUAAAGUAAUGUCGCCUGAUGACCACCGCCGGCCUGCGCGGCCCUACUUACCGACACAGCUUCAGCUCAAAGAUGCACAGUUCAAGGAAUCUGAAGCUUCAGCCAGAGAGUCGUGGGACCGGGUGAAGAACGGAACCGGUGGCAGAAAAAAGAAUUAUCAACGCUACCCUAAACCACCGUACUCAUAUCUUGCAAUGAUUGCAAUGGUCAUCCAAAACUCCCCAGAAAAGAAAUUGACGCUAUCUGAGAUCCUGAAGGAGAUCGGCACUCUUUUUCCAUUUUUCAAAGGGAAUUACAAGGGCUGGCGGGACUCAGUUCGACACAACCUCUCCUCCUAUGACUGCUUUGUGAAGGUGCUGAAGGACCCAGGGAAGCCCCAGGGCAAGGGCAACUUCUGGGCCGUGGAGGUGAGCCGCGUGCCCGUGGAGCUGCUCAAGAGGCAGAACACGGCCGUGUCCCGCCAGGACGAGACCGUCUUCGCCCAGGACCUGGCCCCUUACAUCCUGCAGGGCCACCCCUACAGGCCUGACGAGGAACCCCACCCAGCAGUGGUCACCGCCCUGCCCCCCCUCCCCACCAGGCACCCUUCCCUCCCCCUGGAGGACGCAUACCGACCCAAGCUGGACUCUUCCUUCGCCAUCGACUCACUGCUCCACAGCCUGAGGCCCGCCAGUGCAAGCGGGGAGCCCAGUCGUCCGAGAGACCCCUGGGGGAUGGAACACCCUCGCCCGUCCCCUCCCUUGCAUCCCAGCUACUUUUCAUCCACCCGCAGCGCCUCAGCCAGCUCCGCCAGCCCAGCGUCCUCAUCCUCCGACGAGGACUGGCGCGGGGCAUCGCAGGGCGGGAAGCGCCCCCCCGAGGGAGAGACGGGGUCGGACGGCUACGAGGACUGCCGCGCCCCCCCGCACAAGGCCACCCGGCGAGGCUCCGCCGCUCCGUGGGAGCUCCCCACCUCGUACGCCAAGUACGCCCCGCCCAACGCCGUGGCCCCUCCCAGCAUGCGUUUCCACGCGGGGCCAUUGAUGCCGCUGGGGAGCCUGCCUCUCUACGGCUACGGAGGGGCACCUGUCGCACAAGGCCACUUUGUAGGCCACGCCUACUGGCCCAUCCUGCCCAGUGGGCAUGUCUCCCUCCAGGCCCCGCCUCUCAUUAUGGACCUGGACAGCAUGUUGCAGUCGGUUCCGCCCAAUAAGAGUGUGUUUGACUUGAUGGGUCCUCAGGGCCCCCACCAGCCCCCGGAUCAGUACAGUCUGCAGGGGGGCGGGCCCCUAAGCCGCUACCCCCAGUACUGACUAUCAUCCCUCUAAUGUAAGGAUACUACUUGAACUCUCUAUCUGAGAAUUACUGAUGCCCACUGGCCAAUCACAGGGUACAGGAAGAAGGAAAAAGAAAACAUGGUGUGGCUUUUUUAGUUGACCGCCCUGUUCAUUGUUGACAUGGAAAUCCUGACCAUUCUACCUCAAAUUUAUUUGGAGCCAUUACUUCCAUGAACAUUUGACAAAAUCUACCACAAUCAAAACCUUGUGGAACCACUUGUGCUAACACUGGGACUUUGCACUACUGUUGUUUGCACUAUUUUAAUGUCAAAUAGAAAAAUUCUCUGUAUUUGAAGUGUUUCCUACCUCGACAACUGAAUGUUGGAUUUUUUUUUCGGGGGGGGGGGGUAUUCGUUUUUUACUGUCUCGUUUUUAUGCAUGUCUUUUGAAAAGCUUGUAUAGUAUUCAUGAAAUAGUUUGUAAAACCGCACAUAUGAAGUGGGAAAGUAAGUGUAGAAAGGCAACUGUGGUCUCUGCAGUACCAGUUUUUUUAAUAGUCUCUCCUUUUUUGGAGCAGUUGAAUAUUGCAGAUGCGCUUGAACUGUGCAUUGGCACCCUGCUGUAGUAAAUUAAUGGUUCUCCAAAGAGACAGAAGUUGUUUAUUUUCUUUUAAAAGUGUGCGUGUCUUUGUGUGUGUGUGUGUACCCAGUGUAUCCUCCACCUUCAGUGAGGUUUUUAGUGUGUUUGUUCAGAUGGCAUUACUAAAUUAAAACUGUAGAAGGCUGGUGUAUCCUUCUACAGUUCAGAGUGGAUUACCCUCUUUACACUGUCCCACAAUGUCACAAAGAAAGAUGUCUACCGUCUAAAUAGAAAAGACCCAACUCCACUGCAUCAGCUAAUGCAGGAGGAGAGCUGAACCGAAGACUGUCUCAAAGAGCACACCAGAAUUACUUGACACAGGACUUGUGGUCCGUAAAUGCAGAAAUUCUACCUUUGAUCCCCAACCCAAACUUCCUGUGCGCAGACCAGAGGCCCCAGUCCCAGGAGCUCAUUUACAUCUAUGAGUAUGCCAGUCGUCUACCUCCUGCCGGCAGCAAUGUUCACUAUCUCCCCAUCAGCUGCCCACAGAUUCCUGCCCUCCGCCCCCUCCCCUCCCUUACCCGAUCACCCUCCCCCUCCUAAACUACAGCCCCCCAUGCUGUGGCUUAUCUCUCCCAGAAUGCCCCUGUGACUCCUAGGAAUUCAUAUUGGGGGAGGUGGGGGUGGGGGGGGGGGGGGUGCUUGGAUCUUUGUUGAUGUUGUAAAAAGCUACAAUUCCCUACGAAGGAUUGUGUAAAAUCGGAGAUUGCCUGCAAGCAUUUCUUGGCUUUUUCAUGUAAUCAAAUGAUGAGGGGACGGGUACGUUCACUUUGGAGUGGAGAGCUUUUUAGUUGACUCAGCAGAUUUGUGUGCAGUCAUAGGAUGUUAUGUGGUGCCUUGGCCACUGGGUGGCACUGUAAAAUAUUCAGAAACCUAUGGAUAGGUAAUGUUGUCAUGUUUGUGAAUGUAGUAAUGAUAGUAAAACUUCUAUGUGUCUGACU